GAGUUCACACCCAUGUCCCUGCCCAGCACCAUGGGGAGGGCAUCUGCCCCAUACAGAUGUUGUGUUCUGGCCUUGGUGCUCACACCCCGGCUGGCUACCCCUGGUCACCGCCCAUCGGGCCAUACCCUGCACACCACGGAUGCUACUUAUGCCGGCCACAAGUGGUCCAAGGUCAAAUACAUCAAGGGCCUUCCGGAUGCCCAGCGUAGCCGGUUCUUCCAAAAGUUCACCCUGCUGUGCUUCGUUGUGAAAGCUACGGAGGGACCCAACCCUGAUCUGAACACCAACCAGGCCAGCAUCAUUGAGCAGUGCCGGAGCAAGAGCAUGCCCAAAGCGUCAACUGAGGUGGCCAUCAAGGGAGGG